CAAUCCUAGACCUUGGGAAUCUCAGGCAAAUACACCUGGGUGUCCUCGCAGCAACACACACAUGAUUUAAGCCGGAAUUCUAGUACCGAGUCUCUCUCAAAGUCCACCACUCCCCACAAUCAUAUUUCCUUAUCAUACCAAAGCAACCCUCCUAAAAUCGCUCCUUCAAGUCAUCCUCCGCCUGAUACCCCUAUAUACACGCCUCCGCUCCUUAUGAAAAUCCAAGUCGUGAGAGCCACCAUGCCUUACAACCCCAAAAUCGGCACACCCAUCACCGCCCUCGACACCCCUUCCAUGGUCGUCGACCUCUCCCUCAUGGAAUCCAACAUCGACAAACUCUUCUCCCACCUCCUCACCACGGGCAUCCGUAUCCGCCCGCACCUCAAAACCACCAAAUCCGUCGCCCUGGCCCGCAAACUCGUUGCGGCGGGCGCAACAGGCGGCUGCGUGGCCAAACUCAGUGAAGCGGAGGUCUUCACGGAUCAGGGAUUUACGGAUUUGCUGAUUACGACGGUGGUAGUGGGGAAAGUGAAGGUCGGGAGGUUGGUCGAGUUGUGGAAGAGGAAUAGGGAGGUGAGGAUUGUGGUUGAUAGUGAGGCGGGGAUUAGGGGGAUUGAGGAGGGGAUGAAAGAGGCCGGGGUUCAGGAGGGUAAGAUUAUGACGCUGUUGGAUUUGGAUGUAGGGUUGCAUAGAACGGGGUGUCAGCCCGGGGAGGAGGCCUUGAGGUUGGCGAGGUUGGUGAGGCAGAGUGGGUAUCUGGAGUUGAUUGGGGUGCAGGGUUAUGAGGGACAUUUGCAGCAUGUUCAUUCGAAGAGUGAGAGGAGGGAGAGGUGUUUGGAAGCCAUGAGCAUACUUACGAAAACCGCCGAGGCACUGCGCGAGGAUGGUCAUGCAAUUCGGGUUGUGACCACGGGUGGGACGGGGACGGCGGAGUUCUGUGUUACGGUUCCUGGAGUGACAGAAGUCCAACCGGGAUCGUUCUUGUUCAUGGAUACGGAUUACCGAAAUGCGGUGGGAACUCACUAUUCCAACAGCCUAACCAUCCUGGCGACGGUAAUCAGCAAGCAAGGUCCUAAGUGCGUGACCAUCGACGCGGGCUUGAAGUCUCUUACUACGGACAGCGGCCUGGCAGAAUGUAAAACGCCAGGUUACACUUACGGGGUACUUGGAGAUGAACACGGAUCGCUGAGUUGGACUGAUGCCCCGGAUCUGGAGAUCGGCGAUAGGGUCGAGAUGAUCCCGAGUCAUAUCGAUCCUACCAUUAACUUGCAUGACUCCUAUUAUGCGCACAGGGAUGGAAUCGUUGAAGAAAUUUGGUCAGUAGAUGCCAGGGGAAAGGUGCAAUGAUACAAGGCGCCGCCACCAAAGACUGGACAAUGAUUUCAUGAUGCCGAAUUUACGCUUCCAAGGACCAGGUAUGUGCGACGGUAAAAGAGCUUUACAUACCAGCUAUAUAAGAGACUAUAUAACGAAAGACUCAAUGC